UUUGCUUAACCCCAAAAAGUAAUGAAACAAAAGUUGAAAGAAGAGUAGUAGUUAGAACGUCAGAGAGGUUAGCUACUUCACAGGAAGGUUUCAUUCAACAUCGAAAAUGGCAGACUUAUUAAUUUUAAUCGGUCAAACUCUGCCUCCCUCCCAAUCCCAAAGUCCACACCUUUUCCUUCUUCUUUCUUUACAAAUUCCAACAAUCUCAUUGUCUCCAAAUCCAUAAGUUUCUUAGAUCCCCUUGUUCUUCCUCUGUCUGUAGUAACAAUUUACAACCCCCUUAACCAAACCCAUCUUCUUCUACUAGUCUAAACCCUAAAAGCAAAAUAAAGACUCGAUCUUUCUCUGUUCUGCUCUGUUUUACUCUGUUCUGCUCUCUUCUACUCUGUUCUUUUAAUGGCUUGUUUCUUGAACUGUGUUCGAUUUGAUGUAACCACGACGACCACCGAAAAACCCACAAGCAAAGGAUCUGGUGUGACUUGUUACAGCAGCUGGGAUGAUGUAGAAACCCUCACUUCUAAUUUCUCUAGAUUGAUUGGUUCUGGUGGCUAUAGCAGUAUCUACAUGGCUCGCUUUUCUGGCUCUGACAAAGCGGCUCUCAAGGUUCACGUUAGUAGCCACCGUCUCUAUCAAGUCUUUAGACUCGAGCUUGAUAUCUUGCUCCGUCUUCAACAUCCUAACAUUGUCAAGCUUCUCGGCUAUUUUGAUGAUUCAGAGGAAACUGGUGCUCUUCUUCUUGAGUAUCUUCCUCAAGGGAAUCUACAAGAGAAGUUACAUAGCAGCAGCAAGCAAGUCUUGCCAUGGAGGAACCGUACCGCCAUUGCGUUUCAGCUAGUUCAAGCUAUUGUACACAUUCACGAAGAAUGUACCCCGCAGAUUGUGCACGGGGACAUCAAAUCAUCCAAUGUGCUCUUAGACAAAAACUUCGACUGUAAGCUUUGCGAUUUUGGAUCAGCUAAAGUUGGAUUCUCUUCGAUGGUUCAGCCUCCUACGAUGUCAACUAGGUCCAGACAAGUGAGAAUGGUUGGAUCACCAGGUUAUACUGACCCUUACUACUUGAAAACCGGGAUUGCUUCAAAGAAGAUGGAUAUGUAUGGGUUUGGUGUUGUAGUUCUUGAGUUGGUUUCAGGGAAAGAAGCGUUUUCGGCUGAGAGAGGUGAGAUGCUAGUGCAUAUAGCCGCUCCAUUGAUCCGUGAGGUUCUUGAUUCGAGUGUAGACAUUGCUGAGGACAAGGUGAGACAGUUCUUGGACCCGAGGUUGUCAAGGGACAGUGUUGAUAUCGAUGAGUUAAAGACAAUGUUGAGUGUGGCUGCGGACUGUAUCGGUAGUCCACCAUCUCUAAGACCUUCGGCUGUUCAAGUAGCGGAAACACUUGUACAGAAGAUCCCAUCUUUGAGUUUCCUCGGUUGUGGUAAAGGAGUGUGAGUGAGUUGUGUGUAUCCAAGGUUUUCGAUGUAGCUGAGAUUCCCCGCGUGAUAGGGCUGCAACACUGUACAGUUGGUAUAAAGUUACCAUGUAAAUACUCUGUUUUGUUUAUGUGAAUAUCAGCAAAAUAACAUUUUCGUGUAAUUAUCAUUUUGUCGACAUUUCUAGGAAAUGUGUUUUUUGAUCCGUUGUUUUUUGUUUGGCAAAUCUUAGAGAGAAAGGUAACUUCUCUUCAUGUCAAUUUAAUGUAAAGUCAAGCUUAAAGCAGAAGCAUGACACUGUAAAGAUAAA